GCAAUACGUAGUGAUUCAAGUACUACUGCAAUUGUUCCUUUUCUUCUUAAACACGAUAAUUAUGAAGAUUGGAGAAUUUACAUUCAACACUAUCUAUUAGCUCAAGAUCUUUGAGGAAAUUGGAGGAAAGAGAAUGGUGCAGCUCUACAUGUAAUUCAUACUACAUCGUCGGUAGAAAUUUUUGCCCAAAUAAAGAAAUCAGUUUGGAAAAAGUUGUUUGGAAUAAGUUAGCCAAAAUGCAUCAAGAGUGGCAAUCUAAAUCGAAACCAGAAACUGGCGUGGGGGGAUCGGAUGGAAAAGAAGAUGAGAUAAUUGAAAUGACUCAAUGUGAAGAGUCGGGCAGAUGGGAAGAAGAUGAGAUGACUGAAGAUCCUUGCCUUGUGAAAUUGAGAAAGAGCAUUCGCAAAGGAGAUUGGAAUGCUGUUGAGCAGUUUUUUGUUUCUGACGAGUAUCCACUAGAUACAAUAAUAUUAUCCAACGAAGGCUACACUGCUCUUCAUGUUGCAAUACUGGCAGGGAAAUAUGAGAUUGUUAAGGAAUUGAUAAAGAUGAUGUCGGAAACAGAUCUGGAAAAAAAGACUGCGAGGAACAGUGGUGGUCACACGGCUCUUACCUUAGUUGCAACGACGGGAAGAACAGACAUGGCAAAAUGCAUAGUCAAAGAGAACAGCAAGAGCAAAUUACUUACAAUUGAAAAUGAUGGAGGCUUUAUCCCAGUAACUGCUGCAUGUGCUAUGGGCCACAAGGAUAUGACACGCUACCUUUAUUCUGUCACCCCACCCGAAGUCUUCCUACCACAACGUGGCAAAUAUGGAUUCGAUCUCGUGAGGGCGGCCAUGGAAAACAAAAUUUUAGUCCAACAUCUUCCGAUUUGUGGAGUGGUUGACGCAAUGUUUGAAGCUACCAAGCAGGGCAUGGUUGAAUUCGUCGUUGAGCUAUUGAAAGUAAGCCAACCACUCAUUUUCCAUAAUGAUGAUGGUAGACACGUUUUCAUGAUAGCAAUCCAAUAUCGCCAAGUAAACAUUUUCACUCUCCUACAUGGCAUUAAUGAAGAAUGGAAAGCCCAUAUUCUUAAACAGACGGAUAGAGAAGGGAAUAAUAUGUUACAUGUGGCAGGGGAGAAAGCUCCUCACUCUCAACUUGUUCAAGUCUCCAGCCCUGCGUUGCAGAUGCAAAGAGAACUACAAUGGUUUAAGGAGGUGGAAAGAAUUGUUCCAGAAUGGUGCAAAGAAUCUAAAAAUAAUAAUGGUGAAACCCCUUAUGAAGUAUUUUCAAAUAGCCAUGAGGAAUUAGUGAAAGCGGGGGAAAAAUGGAUGAGGGGCACAGCAAGUUCUUUUAUUGUUGUUAGUACUCUCAUUAUUACGAUGGCGUUUGCCGCAGCCAUUACUCUUCCAGGCGGCAAUGCUCAAGAUGGGUUUCCCAAUUUUUUACAGAAUGGAUCAUUUAUGAUAUUUAUAAUAUCUGAUGCGAUUUCCUUCUUUGCUGCAUCAACUUCAGUCAUAAUGUUUUUGGAAAUCCUAGCAUCGCGCUUCGUCCCGGAAGAUUUUCUCGAGUACUUACCCAGUUUGUUGGUCAUUCUCCUCUGCAGUAUUCUUCUUUCUAUUGCAGCAAUGAUGGUUAGCUUUUCUGCUGCUCUUUGGAUUAUGCUAAAACAUCAACGGGCGGCAAUCAUUCCCAUAAUUGUGUUAGCUAGCAUGGCAGUUUCAUAUUUUGGAUUGUCGCAGUUUCCCAUCGUAGAUAUUUAUUUGUUGAAUCAUGCUGCGGGAUUAUCUUUCAACAGAAAAAUGAAGCCUUGGCUGUAUGGUGGAGAGCAAGUUGGUUGAUUUUUUUGGUACAUAAGUGAGCAGUUUCCCCUUCAACUGGAAAUUCUUUAGCUUGUUCUUUGGUUAUAUGUUAGUUGGAACUUCUAAUUUCCCUGUUCUAUUUGGUUGGAUUAUCAAAUUUUUUUGCUUUUAGUUGUGAGACUGUGGUCUAUGUACUUUUCUAUUGUGUAAAAAUAAUAUUAAUCAUACAUG